CCUAGCCACCGCUGCUCCCGGGGAGGGCGGGCUGUGUGCCGGCCUCGGGUGGUUUUACCCAACUCCUCGCCCCUUACAUAAGCCGGGAGCCGGUCCACCCCCCAUCCCCUCGGCGGUUCCCCCUUCCCCCAUCCCGGGAGCCGCCCCCCUGCUGCAGAGAUGUGACACGCCCCCUCUCCAUCCCUCCCUCCCUCCCUUCCGUCGCCGUCUCCUCCCAGGAAGCCGGAGUCGGCAGCGCCGCGGGCCCAGCAUGGAGUAGGGCGGCCCGGGGCCGGCGGCGCCGCGCGGGCAUGGAACUGGGCCCGGGGCCCUGCGCGCUGCCCCCCGCCGCCGGGGCCAGGGCGGCGGCGGCGGCGGGGGGACCCUGCGCCGAGAUGCUGCAGGUGGCGGAGGAGGCCUUCCGCGGCGGCAACUUCGAGCUGGCGGCCGAGAUCUACGGCUCGGAGCUGGCGGGGCUGCCGCAGCCCGAGCGGGGCCUGUGCCUCCGCCGCGCCGACGCGCUGGCCAGGGCCGGCCGCAUGGCCGAGGCGCUGGACGCCUACGGAGCGGCGGCGCGGCUGGCGCGGCUGCGGCCCGAGGAGCUGCGGGAGCUGGCGGAGAGCGUCGCCCUCAGCAUCCGCGACAAGGAGCUGCGCCUCCCGCCCUGGGGGAGCGGCGCGGCCGGCGGCGGCGGGGCGGAGGGCGAGGGGCUGGGUGACCCGGCGUGCUGCCGCCCGCCCGAGCUCUUCGCCUGCCCGCUGUGCCGGCGGCUGCUGUGCGAGCCGGUGACCCUGCACUGCGGGCACACCCACUGCCGCCGCUGCGCCGAGCCCGGCGACUGCGGCCGCUGCCACCGCCCGCGCCGCCCCGCCGAGCCGACUCCUGCCGCCGCCGCACCGCCAGCCGCCGGCUGCCCGCGGGUCAACGUGGUGCUGGGCAAUCUGCUGCACAAGUGGUUCGGCGCCGAGAGUCGGGCGCGGCGGCUCCGCGCCGAGGGCGACGCGCUGCGGGAGCGCCAGGAGCUGCCGGCCGCCCUGGAGAAGUACAACCAGGCCCUAGAGAUGGCUCCUUGCAAGUGUUCACUAAUAGCACAGCGGGCAGAACUCUGUACGUUGAUGAAGAACUACCAGCAAGCUCUUCAUGAUGCAGACAUCCUCUGCCGAAACAAACCCCACUGGCCCGCGGGCCAUUAUGUGAAAGCAAAAGCUCUUUCUGGAUUGGAAAGGACUGAGGAAGCAUUGAAGGAGUUUCUUUAUUGUGUUGCCUUAAAUCCUGAAUGGAGCUCAAUGAAGAAAGAAGCCCAAAAGAUAAUGUGUGAGAUGUUUUUCCCAGCCUUUGAAAAUGUGCAUGAUAGUCUAACAGCACCUUUCUCUAGUCGAACAUCCCAUACAAGAUUGAAACCUGCGUUUCUGAGUAGCAUAAACACACAGUCAGCUGUGGAAGAUAACUCUGUUGCUGGGUCCUCAAAGGAUACGAUUUUCAGGUUAACAAAAACCCCGUCCCAAGAAUCUGAUGUAUUCAGAAGCACUGAUUCUUCUGUUUCCCAUCAUGUUCUGGAUCUCUACUUUGAAGACAACAAGAAGUCUUUGGGAGCUGUUCUCUCCAGUUUACCUGGGGUUGGCUUAAAAAGRAAGCUGUCCAGUGAUAUGAGGGAUUUACAGAGCUUGGAUGUCCCCAAUAAGAUUCCUAAAAAAGAUGGAGAUGUUUUACCUGAAAGCACCACUGACACUUCAAGUGAAAUACCAACAACUCUGGUGGAUGCGUCGGACUUCGAGUGUUCCCUCUGCAUGAGGUUGUUCUACGAACCUGUUACCACACCCUGUGGACACACCUUUUGCCUCAAAUGCCUUGAGCGUUGCCUUGACCAUAAUCCACUUUGCCCACUCUGCAAAGAAAAGCUGUCAGAAUUUCUGGCAAGCAGAACUUAYAAGAAGACCGUCCUUACAGAAGAGCUGAUAGUCCGUUACUUGCCAGAGGAAUUAUCUGAAAGGAAGAAAGUUUAUGAGGAAGAAAUGAAGGAAUUGUCAAAUUUGAAUAAAGAYGUUCCCAUCUUCGUAUGUACCAUGGCCUUUCCUACCAUCCCUUGUCCACUCCAUGUCUUUGAACCUCGUUAUCGCCUAAUGAUAAGAAGAUGCAUGGAAACUGGUACCAAGCAGUUUGGCAUGUGCUUAGCUGAUGAAUUAAAAGGAUUUGCAGAUCAUGGCUGUAUAUUAGAGAUCAGGGACGUAAAGUUUUUUCCUGAUGGACGCUCAGUUGUUGAUACAGUUGGUGUCCGUCGUUUUAGGGUCUUAAGCCAUGGCCAGCGAGAUGGAUAUAACACAGCAAACAUCGAGUAUCUUGAAGAUAAAAAGGUUGAAGGACCAGAAUAUGAAGAACUUGUCCGCCUUCAUGAUUCAGUUUAUGAUCAAGCUGUUGCCUGGUUUACUUCUCUUAAAGACAAUAUGAAAGCGCAAAUUCUCAAUCAUUUUGGAUCCAUGCCAGGGAAAGAACCAGAGCCACAGAGCAACCCCAGUGGUCCUGCCUGGUACUGGUGGCUCUUGGCCGUGUUGCCUCUGGAAAACCGAGCUCAGCUGGCAAUACUGGCUAUGACCUCCCUUAAAGACCGUCUCAUUGCCAUCAGACGCGUGUUGAUAUUUGUGACUCGCAAAAGACCCAGAUAACGUGGAACUGUGUUGUGAGUGGGCACUGAAAAACAUCUCAUGACAGAUUGUUCUGGGGGAGGGCAAAGGGGGAGGGAUUGUUUUUUUGUAUUUUUAAAAAAUUCCUUCAAGAAGGAACAGCCCUUUCUGACUGCGUCCUGCAUCCAUCGAUUGCAUCGGUUUGUUAUCUGGGUAUUCUCCAAACCUUGCACACUCUCCUGUUGUCCUGGUGAAAACUGAGCCUCUACAAAGCUAUGCUACGUUUAGAAUGUAGCUGAUGGAUGUGGAUAAUUGCUUCAAAGUACUAGGAUAGAGUUGAUGUUUCUAGCCUGCAAGAGAGUUAAGUUCUAGAGUAGUGCCAUUGGCCUGCAUGUGAUCUGGAUUUUCACUCAGUAGGAAGAGGAAACUGGACAUGGAUUGAAGAGGUGUUUCCUGGACUUUCUUGAAGGUAGUGGACAGAAGUGGAGUUACACUGCCCAGCAGAAGUAUGCACAAGGACUAACCAACAGACAGAAGGCAGUCUGUCAUACACCCACAUCUCUCUCUCUUCAGCAAAUAACAGUCUGAGGAAAAAACAGGUUAAGCCGUUUGUAGUCAAGGCAUCUGAGGA